AGCGGCGGAAGGCGCUGAGCGAACCCGAGGUGCGGUACUACCUGCGCCAAAUCAUCCUGGGCUGCCAGUACCUGCACAGCCACCGCGUCAUCCACCGCGACCUCAAGCUGGGCAACCUCUUCCUCAGCGACGACAUGGAGGUGAAGAUCGGUGACUUUGGCCUGGCCACCAAAGUGGAGUUCGACGGUGAGCGCAAGAAGACCUUGUGUGGGACCCCCAACUACAUCGCCCCGGAGGUGCUGGACAAGAAGGGGCACAGCUUUGAGGUGGACAUCUGGUCUAUCGGCUGCAUCAUGUACACUCUGCUGGUGGGGAAACCGCCCUUUGAAAGUUCUUGUCUCAAAGAAACGUACAUCCGGAUCAAGAAGAACGAGUAUACCAUUCCCAAGCACAUCAGCCCCGUAGCUGCUAACCUCAUCCAGAAGAUGCUGAGAUCUGACCCUGCCACGCGCCCGACUAUCGACGAGUUGCUGAAUGACGAGUUCUUCACGUCGGGGUACAUCCCCGGCCACUUGCCCACCAGCUGUCUCACCAUUGCUCCUAGAUUUUCCAUUGCUCCCAGUGCACUCGAGCUGAGCGGGCGGAAGCCGCUGACUGCACUCAACAAAGGGCCAGACAGCCAUGCGCUGGACCACUUGCCUGAUAAAGAAGAUGUAGCUGUGGUGCCGGAGCCGGAAGCUGCCGCUGACAUUGACACUCUCUUAGCCGACAUGUUACAGCAGCUGACUGCAGUCAACUCAGCCAAGCCCUCUGAGAGGGUGGCAGUGAGGCAAGAAGAAGCUGAAGAUCCAGCCUGCAUUCCCAUCUUCUGGGUUAGCAAAUGGGUGGACUACUCGGAUAAAUACGGCCUAGGUUACCAGCUGUGCGACAACAGUGUUGGGGUUCUCUUCAACGACACCACUCGGCUCAUCUUGUACAACGACAAUGACAGCUUGCAGUACAUCGAGCAAAACGGCACAGAGUCCUUCUUCACCGUGAGAUCCUACCCCUCUGCCUUGAGCAAGAAGAUAACACUAUUGAAAUACUUCCGGAACUACAUGAGCGAGCACUUGCUGAAGGCGGGUGCUAACAUCACACCACGGGAAGGAGAUGAGCUGGCCCGUCUACCCUACCUCUACACGUGGUUCCGGACCCGCAAUGCCAUCAUCCUGCACCUCAGCAACGGCACUGUGCAAAUCAACUUCUUCCAGGACCACACUAAGGUCAUCUUGUGCCCGCUCAUGGCUGCUGUCUCCUACAUCGAUGAGAAACGGGACUUCCACACGUACAAGCUGAGCCUCAUCGAGGAACACGGCUGCAGCAAGGAGCUGGCCAGCCGGCUCCGCUACGCUCGCACCAUGGUGGAGAAGCUCCUCGGUUUGAAGUCCGGCUUGGCCUGUGCGAAACCCUCUGCUUAGACCUCGUUCUCGACGGCUGCGCCAGGCUUGCCAGCUGUGGGCGGGCAGGCCCGCAGCAUCCC